AUGUUUGCGUUCAGGAUUCAGGCGGUUGCCCAGCGAUCGCGGCCAUGCUGGGCCAGCAAUUCUUUGCGGCGCGUGUCUCCGUUGCGGAGAUACUCCAGCGCAACGUCGGCUUUGAAUGAAACAUUACCCUUGGCUGGUAUCCGAGUGCUUGAUAUGACACGAGUCCUGGCGGGACCAUAUUGUACUCAGAUCUUAGGUGAUUUGGGUGCGGACGUCAUCAAAGUCGAACACCCCAUACGAGGCGAUGAUACUCGAGCCUGGGGUCCACCAUAUGCCAAGUAUGAAGAUGCGUCUCAGAAAGGCCCCGGCGAGAGCGCUUAUUAUCUUGCGGUCAAUCGUAAUAAGAAAUCCCUGGGGCUCUCUUUCCAGCACAAGUCGGGAGUUGAAAUCUUGCACAAGCUUGCAAAAGAAUGUGAUGUCCUCGUUGAGAACUAUCUUCCCGGUGCACUCAAGAAGUACAACAUGGACUAUGAGACUCUGCGGAAGAUCAAUCCCAAGUUGAUCUACGCCAGUAUUACUGGUUACGGCCAAACGGGACCAUACAGCAACCGCGCGGGCUACGAUGUCAUGGUGGAGGCAGAGAUGGGGUUGAUGCACAUUACCGGCUCACGGGACGGACCCCCCGUCAAAGUGGGUGUUGCUGUCACGGACCUGACCACUGGGCUGUAUACCUCGAAUGCCAUCAUGGCAGCUCUGCUUGCUCGAGUUAGAACCGGCAAAGGCCAACACAUUGAUGCUUGCUUAAGUGAUUGCCAGGUUGCAACCUUGGCCAAUCUGGCUAGCUCGGCUCUAAUUAGCGGGGAAAAGGAUUCUGGACGCUGGGGUACGGCGCAUCCCUCGAUUGUCCCUUACCGGAGCUAUAAAACCCUCGAUGGUGAUAUUCUCUUUGGUGGUGGAAAUGAUCGUUUGUUUGGCGUGCUGUGUGAUCGACUCGGUUUCCCCGAGUGGAAGAACGAUGUCCGCUUUGUUACCAACAGCGAUCGAGUGAAGCAUCGAGCGGAAAUCGAUGGAUUGAUUGAGACCACGACCGUACAAAAAACCACUCAAGAAUGGCUGGAGAUAUUUGAGGGUAGUGGAAUGCCCUAUGCAGCCGUCAAUGAUAUCCAGGGAACCUUGAACCAUGAGCACGUUCUUGCCAGAAAUAUGGUGACCGAAGUCGAGCACCCCGCCUGUGGCCCGAUCAAGCUGGUCAACACUCCCAUCAAAUACUCCGAGGCCACACCCGGUGUGCGCACACCCCCUCCAACCCUCGGCCAACACACCGACGAGAUCCUGGGCAGCAUUCUGGAAUAUAAGGAGGCAGAUAUUGCACGAUUGAAAGAGGAAGGCGUUUUGUCCUAG